CGCAUAUACUAAUACAUAUCACACAUACACCGACACAUGUCACAUACCAAACGCACAGACAUACACUUACACAUGUCAGACAUCAGACACGCCGGUAUAUGAGUUGUAUCACACCUUACUUUUGGGGAAAUUUGAAUACCAACUAUAAACACAUUUACUUUAACACAAAGGAGGGAGGAGCUAUAGCAACUUUCUCUUGUCCAAUUCAAGAAAAAUACCAUUCUUACAUAGUUCAUUCCUUCACUCAAUACAAUACAAUACAUACAGUGCCAGCAAAAGUUCUAUUACAUUUUAAAACAAAUCAGGGAAAGAGAGUAUUUAUUACUCAAAAAUACCAUAACAAUUAUAAACGAAUUCGCAAACUACAAACCAGGCCGAAUACAUGUUGCGGGACUCGACACCUUUUGAAGCAAAUUUGUACACAGGGUAGUAGCUUCUAUGUUUAUUCAAAAAUCGACGACGACUCAUGA